AUGGAAACAUGGCUGGUGAUGGCAUUGGCUGAGGUCAUCCAGGUACACCCUCAUCUUGAGACUACAUGCGAAGCAGCCAGUGAAGAUGACGGGUGGUUUCAUCACACUUUGAAUCUAAAUGUGGCUAUGGAAGAGCAUAUGGCUUCACAAUUGUUUUUUGAGGGGGAAUUGUUAAAUCCUUGCCGCUGCGAUGGGUCAGUACGAUACACACAUCAGCUCUGCCUCUUAAAGUGGAUAAGUGAAAGAGGGUCAUGGACCUGUGAACUCUGCUGUUACAGAUACCAUGUUAUAGCAAUUAAAAUGAAGACACCAUGCCAGUGGCAAAGCAUUACUAUAACACUGGUUGAGAAAGUACAGAUGGUUGCUGUAAUCCUAGGAUCUCUGUUCUUAGUAGCAAGUGUGACUUGGCUUCUAUGGUCAGCCUUCAGCCCUUAUGCAGUAUGGCAAAGAAAGGACAUCCUUUUUCAAAUCUGCUAUGGAAUGUAUGGUUUUAUGGAUCUAGUAUGCAUAGGACUGAUAGUACAUGAAGGCGCAUCUGUUUAUCGAGUGUUUAAGCGCUGGAGGGCUGUUAAUCUACACUGGGAUGUGUUAAAUUACGAUAAAGCCACAGACAUAGAAGAGAGCAAUCGAGGAGAAGCCUCAGCAGGAAGGACAUUGUGGUUACCGCUGACUGCAUUUAGAAACAGAAGUUUAGUUCAUCCAACACAGCUAACCUCACCAAGAUUCCAGUGUGGCUACGUAUUGUUACAUCUGUUCAACCGCAUGAGACCUCAGGAAGAUUCAUCAGAAGAUAACGGCUCCGGGGAAGUAGUGAUGAGAGUGACCUCAGUGUAAAGAUUAUGCUCACUGUGCUACACAGAUAUGUGCCCCGAUGUUACUGGACUUUGGAAUGUAGUUACAAUGAAUGGUGGAACCAUCAACACUUGAAAAUAUAUAUACAAAUUUUUUUAAAAUUUAAUGCUUUUUAUAUGAUCAGCUAAAACACAAAUACAUUUUUCUGGAAAAAAAAAAGUCUCUUGCUUUUUAUAUAGUCUGGUUUAUUAGAUCUUUUGUCAAUUUGUACCUGAGGUGUAUACAAUAUAGUUUAACUCUUAGGUCUUUGAAUGAUGAGGAAACUCAUUUUUAAGUAAAAAAAUAUAUUUAAAUGUAUUUUCAUAAA